AUGGCCGGAUCGAUGAUCUUCCCGGAAUCUUUCACCCCGCCGGCGGACCGCGGCGCCACGGCCGGCAGCCGGCCGCCGCCCUGGAUCCUCCUCGACCUGGACACGUACAUCGCGGACCGACGGAACGCGACCACGGCCACAGCCACGUCGAGGCUGGGCCACACCAUCCAGGUCUCCUUGUAUGCCGCCGACCCGCCGGCCAUGUCCUACUUCUGCGUGCACUGCCCCUGCUCCAAACCCGAUGACCCUGCCUUCGCGUUCGAGCCGCGCGUGGUCGGCGCGGAGGGCCGCUUCGCCCUUCUCUGGGUCCGCUUCGCUCACGCCGGACACGACGACGACGAGUACUUCAUGUACAAGGCCGACCCUGACUCCCCUUCGCUGGAACACGUCAGGCGCCCCGGCACUCACCACCGUUUGCUGCUGUAUAAGCAGCUCGCCGUCGUGCCCCUCGGCGACGGGGGCCAUUACCUCCUCGCCGGUCGCUCUAUUGCUAACUUCAAGCCCCCGUUCAAGUACGACCUCCAUAUCUACUCGUCCGCGGAUCAGACAUGGAGCAUCAAGCCGCUGCCCGACGCGUGUCCCGACGUCCACGACAUUUUACCCGACAAGGUGAUCCCACUUGGAGACGGCGUGGUCGGCUGGGUGGACUUGCGGGUAGGCGUCGCGGUGUGCGACUUGCUUCGCCAGCCCUUGGACGUCCGUUUCAUCCCGUUGCCGCAGCCGAUGCCGGCUAACCGGAAGAAGCUGAAGAAGUUCCACCCGGGAGACCCCGCGUGGCGGUUCCGGGAUGUCGCCUUCAGCAACGGCGUGCUCAAGUUCGUGGAGAUGGAGCACCGCUGGAUUGUGACGACGAUUUGUCCGGCGCCGGAGGAGCCGACCGACCCCAGCGAGAAGGCUGUGCUCCUCGACUCGGACCUGAUCAUGUCGCGCAAGAGGAAAUUGGUGGACACGAAGCCCAAGCAGGUCCGGAAAAGGGACUGCUGGAGGAUGGUGACAUGGAGCCGGCCGGCAGUGUCGUCCGACUGCUGGCACAAGGGAUGCAUUAUCGACGUUGACGAUAUUGCAGUCGACGACAUGAUUACUUCGUCGUUGAGGUCUGGGGCUUGGAUGGUCGCUGUUGACCUUGGAAAGAAGACGCUACUGACAGCACUUGGAGCGUAUUCCUGUGACAGACAUGACCCCUGCACUUAUAAUUACCAUCUUUGUUCAUUGUCCAAGUAUCUGAAUAUGGAUCCAGCAGAUUCAAGCCAAACCACAAAACUGAAGGACUCCGCGGAUCCUCUGAAAACACGACAGUCAAGCGCUGAGGAAGCCUCAUGUCCACAUAAGGACAAACCUCGAGAUGCAGUCCGACGCCUGACGCUGGAGCUAAAAGCUCAAGAAGACCAUCGUUCAAUUAGGGAGCAUGGUGCUGAGAGCAAUGAGGAAUGCAGCAGCGACUCAAGUGGCCCGUUGCCACCGCCGGCAAGGCGCCACAGCAAUUGCCUCCCACCGCGGCCAGUCAUCAAACAGUCUGAUGGAGCCAGCGACCGUCCGAAUCCAGCUGACGUGAGCCCUGCUAAUAAUGUUGUUGCAAGACCAACCGGAAGCUGCAGCCUUCUUCCUCAGGUUCCUCCCCAGCAAGACUUCGGCCAGUCAGUGCAGUGGCGCCGGCAACCAUCCAAAUGCUCACGCCGUCAAUCAUCAUCUACAUGA